AUGCUUUGUUAUCAUAAUCAAUUAUGUUGCCAAAUACUACGUGAUGCUUAUUAUUAUUAUAACAAUCCAGAAUCAUCACGAAUAAAUUUAUCUGAUGAUAAACAUACAUUUUGUGUUAAAUGUUUUGAUUCUAUUAAAAGUAAAUCAAUAUUUGUCGAUGACGAUCCAGUUCAAACAUUAGUUGAAAUAUCUAAAAAUUUAUUUCUAUCAGAUAUAAAUGAUAUACAAAAAGCUGAAACAAUGAUUGAAUGUAUUAUUGAUAUUAUGAGAGAUUGCUUGGAUAAUCAAGUACAAACUGCUCUUUAUAUUCUAUAUUUUGAAGAACUUGAUCAAGAAGAAGAAGAUCGAAGGAAACAAAGAGUUGAAGUAGCACAAGCACUGGAAGAUAGAGGUUUAGAUGAUCCUAUUGAGCCAGAACAUGAAACAGUAACAAAAUUAAAAUUCUAA